AUGAUAUUUACAACUCUUUCAAAGAUCUCCAUCUCUAUAUCUAUGAAGCAAUCUUCAUCAUCCUAUUCUGUAUCAUCAUCAUCAUCAUUGAACCAAUUGACCGAUCAUCAUACCGUCCAACUCCAACAACAAUCUACCAAUUCAAUGUGUAGAUUUAACCGUCCAUCAUGGGCAUUUGGAUACUUCGACCAUGAAUGA